AUGAGGAAGGGGCUUAUUAGUAAAAUAUGGGUGAAGGUUCUUGUUCAACCCUCCAACAGAAGAUCUUACCCCAUGAUGGGUUAUGCAAAUGCCGGAGCAAUCACCCAGGAAGACAUAAAAAAUGCACCCGUCAUCGUAGGAGUCAAGCAAAUCCCCAUCGACUGUUUGCUACCCAACAAGACCUAUUGUUUCUUCUCCCACACAAUCAAGGCUCAGGAAGCCAACAUGCCUUUGCUGGACGCAAUGUUGGAAAAGAAUAUCCGACUGGUUGACAACGAGAAAAUGGUGGAUGCAAACGGCCUGCGUGUUGUGGCUUUCAGCAAGUACGCUUGUGUGGCCGGCAUGAUCAAUAUUCUUCACGAUCUAGGUCUACGACUCUUGGCCCUCGGACACCACACCCCGUUCAUGGUGAGGAUUAGCAUUUUAAAGAUUCGCAGGUUUUGUUUGUGCCAUUUGUUCAAAAACUUGUUCCUUUUUUCUCUCUCUCUCUACAAACUGGUGGCCGAUCACGGAGCCACGAACAAAAUUUACGCCUGCGAAGUCAGCCGGCGCGAUCAUCUCAUUGGCAUUAAUGGCGGGUCUUUUGACGCCAAAGAGUACGACGAAUAUCCCAGCCGUUACAUCUCCGUCUUUAGCAAAAAUGUGAAAAACCAACCGUCCCAGUCGUUCAACAACAACAACUAA